AUGGCGAAUGCCGAGGUGAGCGUCCCUGUGGGCGAUGUGGUGGUUGUACCAAGUGACGGAAACGAAGGGGAGAACCCGGAGGAUACCAAAACCCAAGUGAUCCUGCAGCUCCAGCCGGUGCAGCAAGGGAUUUACCAAGAGGGCUCCGAGGCCAGCGCUGCCGUAGUGGCCGUUGAAACCCACACCAUCCACAAGCUAGAAGAAGGGAUCGACCCCAGCACCAUUGAAACGAACGAGGAAAUCGAGAUCGCCUAUCCCAUCACCUGUGGGGAGAGCAAAGCCAUCCUGCUCUGGAAGAAGUUCGUCUGUCCAGGAAUUAAUGUCAAGUGUGUAAAGUUCAAUGACCAACUGAUCAGCCCGAAGCAUUUCGUUCACCUGGCUGGGAAGUCUACCCUAAAGGACUGGAAGAGAGCCAUUCGCCUCGGAGGAAUCAUGCUGAGGAAGAUGAUGGACUCGGGGCAAAUCGACUUCUACCAGCACGACAAAGUUUGCACCAACACCUGUCGAAGCACCAAGUUCGAUCUCCUGAUCAGCAGCGCCAGAGCACCGGUGCCGGGGCAGCAGAGCGUGGUGCAGACUCCUACAUCAGCUGACGGGAGCAUCACCCAGAUCGCGCUGUCGGAGGAGAGCAUGGAGGAGGGGAUCGAGUGGAACUCGGCUCUGACAGCUGCCGUCACCAUGGCCACUGAGGAAGGCAUGAAAAAGGACACGGAUGAGAUCUCGGAGGACACACUGAUGUUCUGGAAAGGAAUAGCUGAUGUGGGACUGAUGGAAGAGGUUGUGUGCAACAUCCAGAAGGAGAUAGAAGAAGUCCUAAGAGGCGUCCAGCAGAGGUUGGGUCAGUCUCCCUUCCAGAUGACAGAUGCUGCAGUCUUGAACAAUGUUGCCCACACAUUUGGCCUAAUGGACACAGUCAAGAAGGUUCUGGACAACAGGAAAAACCAGACAGAGCAAGGAGAGGAACAGUUUCUUUACACACUGGCAGACCUGGAGCGGCAGCUGGAAGAGCAGAAGAAACUUGCCAAGGACCAGAAGGCAAAGUCCCAAACCAUCCAGAACGUGGUGCUGAUGCCCGUCAGCGCUCCCAAGCCCCCCAAGAGACCCCGCCUGCAGCGCCCAGCCUCUGCCACCGUCCUCAGCCCCUCCACCCCCAUCCAGCAGCCUCAGUUCACGGUCAUCUCACCCAUCGCUAUCGCUCCCGUUGGACAACAGUUCUCUGUGGGCAACAUCCCAGUGGCAACCAUUAGCCAGGGCUCGAGCCCGGUGACUGUUCACACCUUGCCGUCUGGCUCCCAGCUCUUCCGAUACGCCACCGUGGUGUCCUCUUCCAAGACCAGCUCCUCCGACACGGUCACCCUCCACCCGUCCUCCAGCCUGGCGCUGCUGAGCUCGGCUGCCAUGCAGGACAGCGGUGCCCUGGCGAACGUGGCGGCCGUGGUCAACCCCGUGGAACUGGUGGCCAUGGAGUCCGGCCUCACUUCCACCAUCCAAGCCGUGGAGGGCACCUCGGACGACGGGCAGACCAUCAUAGAGAUCGACCCGGCGCCGGAUCCCGAAGCGGACACGGAUGAGUCGGAGGGCAAAGCCGUGAUCCUGGAGACGGAGCUGAGGACUGAGGAGAAAGUGGUGGGAGAUGUGGAGGACCAUCAGCACCAGGGUCAAGGAGAGACUGGAUCUCUGCUGAACAACCCAACCGGGAGGAACUGGACGAGGGCUCCUGGCGCUGAGAGCGCGCCGUGGCCCAGCCGCACGCAUGGUGCUUCUGCUCCGGGCCGCCCUGGCCCCAAAUAUUUUAUUUCAGAGAGACAAUAACCAGUGGCUGGAGUAUUGAUGUGACUGUGGGAAGGGGUGAUGGCUUUGGGGUGGAACAGGUACCUCAUUUGUAUUUUUAUUUUCCCCCAGGGAAGGGAAUUCUGUCAGACUCUUCACUGUCACCUCAACUGGGAUUUUUUUAUUAUUAUUCUUGCUUUGGGGAAGAUGACAGUAACCCUGACUUUACUGUCCAUAUUCUCUUCCUCCUCUGCACAAAUUGUUUUUAUAUCUCUAUUUUUUUGCAUUUGUUUGCUCUCUCCCUUCCCUUGUCCAGAUUUCCCAGCUGCGAAGCCCCAAGACAUACUCUUACCGGCCUCCGGGUCCCUGUAUCCCAAUCCCGCCUCUUCCCAUGGCACUUUUCCCCCGUCCCUUUCCCUGCCUGGCCAGGCUCGGUGCUGCAGACGCCGCUUGGAGACUCCAAGAUCACUUCAGCCUUUUGCAUAAAGGCAAAAAAUAUCAACUCGAGCUUAAAACCACAACCUCCCCCUUUGCUGCUCAGCGCUGCAGGGACCUUUCGGGGUGUACAAAGCAUGUUGUGCUGUUGCUUUCCGGGAGAGCUGGACUCCAGAUUGGGGCAGCUUCUGUUUACACUGUGUGCUGGGGCUGCUCCGUGCUUGUCGCUACUUGUUUGGUGGUUUUAUUUUUGUAAUUUUUCUUCUUUCUUCCUAUAAUCUCUUGGCAGGAUUAGAACUGGCACGUCGCUGAAA